ACUGUGCUAUUUAUACGGCGGUGGUGUUCAAUUUGUUCCUCCAUCCACCGUGCACCGCAAGGCCAAAAAUAUCAUACAAGUUACUAUAGGCCCCUACGAUCGAUCGCAGUUCAAGUUUGGUCUAUCCGUCCGGGCCGUGUUUCAGCUGGAUCGGCGUGGCCAAGACACAUUUUAGAAUGACUAGUAAGAAAGGUUUGCUGGAGCGUUUGGCUGCAGGAGAGGUCAUCAUUGGUGAUGGAAGCUUUGUGUUUUUAUUGGAGCGCAGAGGGUACGUCUCUGCUGCGGCCUGGACCCCAGAAUCAUGUGUUCUGCAUCCUGAAGCAGUUCGUCAGUUGCAUCGAGAGUACCUCAGGGCCGGCGCUGACGUCAUGCAGACAGCGACAUUCUACUCUUCUGAUUGGCAACUCCAACAUGUGGCAACCACACGUAACGACGAGAAAAUGAAGAGUUUGACUACAGCUGAUAUAAACAGUGCUGCCGUGGACAUUGCAAGGGGCGUGGCCGAAGAGGGUGACGCCCUUGUAGCAGGCUCUGUCUCGCCUGUCUCUUCCAUAGCCUUCAAGAAGGGCAAAGAACACGUAGUCGGUGAAUUCACAAAGCAGAUGGCAACUUUUAGAGAGAAGAAAGUGGAUUUUCUGCUGGGUGAGUUUUUCAUCAAUAUAGAGGAGGCUGAAUGGGCCAUUCAAGCCAUGGCUGAGAUAGGCGUCCCUGUGGCCUGUACCAUGAGGAUACCUUCUCGCGGAGAUGCUGCAGGGCAUUCACCCCAGGAAUGUGCUGUCAGAAUGGCAAAAGCAGGUGCCAGUGUUGUUGGCGUGAAUUGCAUGUACGACCCCGACAUUUGCCUGGAGACUAUCGCCCUAAUGAAGGAAGGCCUGAAGGAGGCGGGGCUUGAUCAGACUUACCUGAUGGUCCAACCGUUGGGGUUUCACACCCAGGACCCUGGCUUGAUUGAGGAUAGGCGGGGCUACAAUGCACUGCCAGAGAUGCCGUAUGCAUUGGAGCCACGUGCCAUAACCCGCAUUGAUGCCCACAGGUUUGCCAGGGCGGCGUAUGAUCUCGGAGUCCGAUAUAUCGGCGGGUGUUGUGGAUUUGAGCCCCAUCACAUCCGUUCUCUAGCCAUCGAGUUGUCAAAAGAACGCGGACGGCUUCCGCCAGCUGCAUUCAACAUGACUCCAUGGGAUUGUCUUAAAGUCAGCAACACUUCCAGUUACAAAGAGAAGACGAGCCAGGAAUACUGGUUCAACCUCAAUCCAGCUUCGGGACGACAAGUCAAACCAUUUGCAACGCUCUGUAAAAAGGACUGAUGGUGGAAUGAUAGAGAACCCCAUUUUUGAAUGAGAUAAUUCAAAAGUAAACCACACCAUGAAAUUAAUGAAGGCGACUCACAAAGUUGUUUUCAUAUAAUUAUUUUUAUUUGACUCUUAAUGCUUUCUUUUUGCUGCUUUUGUUAAAAAAUAUUUUACAAACUGGUUUUCUUUCUGGUAUUGAUGCUGCUCUGAGCCACCCCCUUCAAGAUAAAAGUAUACAUCAUAACAGUCAAAAAUGUAUUCAUACUUGACAUGUAUCGCAAAUUAUCUGAUACAUAUUUGUUAGUAAAUCACCCUUGAUUUGCAUUAUUGCUAUUAUAAUUUCAUUCCUUUCUUCAGCUAUUUGAUGAAUAUUUUGUAAACAAAAUUUGGUGAAUGGAUACAAAAGUUGCAUACAUUGCUAUUAUAAUUUUAUUAGUUUCUUCAUAUAUUAGAUAAAUAUUUUGCUACCAAAAUUAAUGAGAUUGGACACAAUUACUGUGCAAGUUGCCUUUUUUUUGCAAAUUUAAAUCAUGAUUUGAGCAAAUAUUUCUGGCAAGCAUGGCAAAUAAAUAGUUUGAACUUCCAAUAUAUAGUGUAGUACUUGUUAUCAUUGCUCACUGCAAUUAUUGCCCAUUGCAAUUAUUGGUGUAGAUCCCAAUUUUGUAUACACACCUAUUGAUGAUACAUAAGUUGCAUGUAACUUCUGAUGUUAAAGCUAUAUGUGUAAUGGAAAAUUGGGUUUUUGGGUACUGCACUGUGCUGUUUCUUUGCAAUCAAGAUACAUGCUUAUAGAUAUUACUUUCAAUCAACAAGAAACUGGAAUAAGUUCAUGAGCAGAAACAAUGAUGUAUUGCUUUGAACAAUGUAAUGAGGUGGAGAUUAAACAUACAAUAUGUAAACAUGC